AUGGAAGAUCUCUUAAAAUGGAUGACUGUGCCAGCCAUUUUACCAUGUUAGACAUUUAAAAAUAUUAUUUAAAAAAAAAUGAUGCAUAUAGAUAGCCUCCUCACUUGGCCGUGUGAUCUGGUACCCUACUGCUUUGACAGCUGCGAUUGACCUGCAAUCAUCUGCACUACAUCUGUGAUCCUCUGAUCCAGAACUUGUACACUACACACAAAGAUACAUUCAUUCAAUCAUAAACACACAUAGCCAACUGAAACACAUUUCUGAUUCUGUACAUACACACGCAUACACAUAUAGACACAUACACACACACACUUACUAUUUUAGUAGGUGUCUGUCUACUGCUUCCAACGUAAGUUGAGCUAUGUAUGUAUUUGAAGGCUGAGGCCAGAGUCUGCCUGUAAAGUAUGGCUUUAGAGUGUGAUUAGCAUACAGUCAGAGUGAUUUGUAUGUUUUCUGUGUGAAUGUUGAAUUAAUUUGUUUUGGUUGUUUGUGUCUUUUUUAGAUGCCCCAUGCAAAGUCCCACCGGCGUGCUCAGGCCCUGAGGAGGAGGAUGGCAACGGCACAGACUUGGACCCCCCUGCCGCCUGUCCCCGAGUUUCGUGCUCGGCGCGGUACUGGUCACCACCAUCGUGUGCGGAGAUGGCCAACUUCAGAGCUGACCCAGCGCAGCUUCAAGUUGGUCACUCCAGCUCAGCAUCCGGAGAAGCAGUUCGUGUUCGUCAUUGGAGACUCCCACCUGCGCGCCAUGGUGGAUGGGUUCAUGGCCAUCCCGGAGGGCUGUCUGUCUUUUGGUUUUCUGUUUGUUCCAGGUGCGGACGCCAGGGAGCUGAGGACGGAGGUGCUGUGUGCUGCUGUGCCAUGGAGAGUGUGUGUGCUCGCCCCGAGCAACAACCUCACUACCAGCAGGACCAUCAGUGAGGCGGCGUUGGACUUCGGUGCGCUCCUGACCACCGUCUGCAGCCGCUGGCCCAAGGUCUUUGUGUUGGACUUCCCUUCCCCUCUGACCAUGGACCUUGGCUUCCAAGAGCAGCUGCGUCAGGAAUACCACCGUGUUGCAGCACGCAUGGGUCUCCCCUACGUGUCUGUGGCAGCGCACUUCCCAGUCCAGCCGUUGGAACUGUGGUGCCAUGACGGCGUGCACCUCAGCGACUCCGAUGGCAUGCCCAUCCUGGUGCAGCUGCUGUGGAACGUGGCGUACCUCCAGCUGGCACCCCCUUCGCCCGCGUUCUCGGUGUCUCCCCGGAGAUUGCCAGGUGGCCGGGUGUUCCCCACUCUGGUCGUGACAGGGCACGUUCCUGUGCCGCAUCACAGUGACCCUUGAGAGUUGGAACAUCUCCGGUGGGACAGUCUGUCAUCCCGUC